UAUUUUAUGUUCGAAUAUUCGGUCACACUAGCCUGCUGCUGACAUCUCGGGCUGUGUUUUUAUUGUUGCGACCACCGGACGUGGAAUCUGCGUGGAAUACAUAAAAUAUAACUAUAAAUUAACCAAGCUAGUUGGUGUGUUGUGCGCCACUGUAUAAUGGCUGCCAUAGUACUAACUAGGAACAUGCAGCUGGCGAAGCACCAUGGCACCGGUGUCAUCGGUGUGCUGUGCCUGCGCAGCUACAGCGCUGCCGCUGCGCCACCCGAUGCGGAUGCCCCCCGUCCGCUGAAGACGACAAAUGUGGCCGCCAUGAAGCGAGGCACCGGCGGACGCAGCAGUUUCAAUGGAAUCGUUGCCACCGUUUUCGGUGCCACUGGUUUUGUCGGCCGCUAUGUCUGCAACAAGCUGGGGAAGUCGGGCACCCAAAUGAUUUUGCCCUAUCGCGGCGAUGAGUCCGACGUGAUUCGCCUCAAGGUAUGCGGUGAUCUGGGGCAGGUGCUCUUCCAUUUCUAUAAUUUGGAGGAUCCGCGUUCCAUUCGCGAUGCAGUAAAGCAUUCGAAUGUGGUCAUCAACUUGGUGGGACGCGAUUACGAGACGAAGAACUUCAAGUUCAAGGAUGUCAAUGUCAAUGGCGCCGCUCGACUGGCUAGCAUUUGUCGCGAUUCCGGCGUGGAGCGUUUUAUUCACCUGUCCGCGCUGAAUGCUGAGGCCAAUCCAAAGGCGCAUUGCAUCUCAGGCGGCAGCCAGUGGCUCAAGUCCAAGUACGAGGGUGAGCUCCAAGUGCGCGAUGCCUUCCCCAAUGCAACGAUUAUACGUCCGGCGGAUAUCUACGGCUCCGAGGAUCGCUUCUUGCGUUACUAUGCACACAUCUGGCGGCGUCAAUUCCGCUCGAUGCCACUGUGGCAUAAUGGGGAGCUCACCGUAAAGCAACCCGUCUUCGUUUCGGAUGUGGCACAGGCGAUUGUCAAUGCCGCCAAGGAUCCGGACAGCGCCGGUCGCAUCUACCAGGCUGUGGGUCCAAAACGUUAUCAGUUGAGCGAGCUGGUCGACUGGUUCCAUCGGCUGAUGCGCAAGGAUCAGAAACGUUGGGGCUAUCAGCGUUACGAUAUGCGCUGGGAUCCCACCUUCAAGUUGAAGGCUCGUUUGACCAGUCUGAUUUGCCCCGGAGCGCCCGUUGGUGGACUGCAUCUGGAUCGCAUUGAGCGCGAGGCCAUCACCGAUAAGGUGUUGCCUGGUGUGCCCACGCUGGAGGAUUUGGGCGUGCAACUGACCACCAUGGAGGAGCAGGUGCCGUGGGAGCUACGUCCCUAUCGCGCCGCCUUGUACUAUGAUGCGGAAUUGGGUGAAUUUGAGGCAGCUUCGCCCCCAAAAACGAUUGAGGCUCGCGAAGAGCUGCGUUUGUUUGCUUAAAAAAUAUUGUGAAUUGGAAAUAAUUAGUGCGUUUAUCACUUUAAAUAAAAUGUCUACAACUUA